GCGUUAGGUAAAGGUGGCCGUUUCCGGCUCCGGUGUCAUGGCGGGCUCCUAUUCUGAAGGCGCACAUGCUGCUAACAGCGGAAAGAGGGAGCAGUUCGGAAGCCGGUUUUUGAACGACCCGGCGCACGUCUUCCACCACAACGCCUGGGACAAUGUGGAGUGGUCAGAAGAGCAGGCUGUGGAGGCGGCGAAGAAAGUCCGAGAGAACAGUGCCCAGCGAGUGCCCCAGGAGAAGCAAGUUGAUUAUGAGAUCAAUGCCCACAAAUACUGGAAUGACUUCUACAAAAUCCAUGAAAAUGGGUUUUUCAAGGAUAGACACUGGCUUUUUACCGAAUUCCCAGAACUGGCACCAAGCCCAAACCAAAAUCAUUUGAAGGGUUUGCUCUCAGAGAACAAGAGGAGUGAAAUACUUGAGUGUAGGAGCAGUGAGGAUGGACCUGAUUUAACAGAAGAACAGCAGGAGUGUUCUUCAAAGAGCCUUAGAGAGAAAAAACAGGCGCCUUCUGUGGAGAAGAAUGUAACUGAGAGACUCGGUCACUUGGAAAUUUGUGAUGAGUUUCCUGGAUCUUCAGCCACUUACCGGAUACUGGAGGUUGGAUGUGGUGUGGGAAACACAGUCUUUCCGAUUUUACAGACUAACAAUGACCCAGGCCUCUUUGUUUACUGUUGCGAUUUUUCUUCGACAGCUGUGGAACUGGUCCAGACACAUUCAGAGUAUGAUCCUUCUCGGUGCCUGGCCUUUGUUCACGAUCUGUGUGAUGAAGAUAAGAGUUACCCAGUGCCCAGGGACAGUCUCGAUAUCAUCAUUCUCAUAUUUGUUCUUUCAGCAAUUGUUCCGGACAAGAUGCAGAAGGCUGUCGACAGGCUUAGCAGGCUUCUGAGGCCUGGGGGGUUGAUGCUUCUGCGAGAUUACGGCCGCUAUGACAUGGCGCAGCUCCGGUUUAAAAAAGGUCAGUGUCUGUCUGAAAAUUUCUACGUGAGAGGUGAUGGCACCAGAGUUUACUUCUUCACACAAGAUGAACUGGACACACUUUUCACUGCUGCUGGACUGGAGAAAGUGCAGAACGUGGUGGACCAGCGGUUGCAGGUCAACCGGGGGAAGCAGCUGACCAUGUACCGAGUUUGGAUUCAGUGCAAAUACCGCAAGCCUCUGCUGUCCAGCACGGGUUGAGAGG